AUGAAGGGCGCGAUGGAGCCAGAACAGGAAGCCCGCGACCGGCGGGAGCUGGGCCAGCGGGAGCUGGGCCAGCAGCUGCAGGGGCUGCGGGAGGCGCAGAGGCAGAUAAAGGAGAGUGCUUCACAGACAAGAGAUGUCCUUAAACAGCAUUUUAGUGAUUUAAAAGGAACCCUUGGGAAGCUAUUGGAUGAGCAAUUGGUGACUCUAUUGCAAGAGGUGGACACCAUUGAACAGGAGACCAUCAAACCACUAGAUGACUGCCAGAAGCUCAUAGAGCAUGGAGUUAAUACUGCAGAUGACCUGGUCCGAGAAGGUGAGAUUGCCAUUCUUGGUGGUAUCGAAGAGCAGAAUGAUAAAUUGUGGAACUUUACCAAAAAGGACUCACACAUUCAGUUGGACAGCUUACCAGAAGUGCCUUUGCUAGUUGAUGUACCCUGUUUGUCCGCUCAGUUGGACGAUUCCAUUCUUAACAUAGUGAAAGACCACAUUUUAAAGCAUGGAACAGUAGCCUCCCGCCCUCCAGUACAGAUUGAAGAAUUAAUAGAGAAACCUGGAGGCAUCAUAGUGCGAUGGUGUAAGGUGGAUGAUGACUUUACGUCCCAAGAUUACAGGCUUCAGUUCCGUAAGUGUACUGCAAGUCAUUUUGAAGAUGUGUAUGUAGGUUCUGAAACAGAAUUCAUAGUGUUGCACAUAGACCCCAAUGUUGAUUAUCAAUUCAGAGUCUGCGCCUGAGGAGACGGCCGGCAGGAAUGGAGUCCUUGGAGUGUUCCCCAGACAGGUCACUCCACACUGGUGCCUCAUGAGUGGACAACUGGCUUUGAAGGAUACAGUCUGAGCAGUCGAAGGAAUAUAGCCCUCCGGAACGAUGCUGAGUCCUCAGGCGUUCUCUACUCCAGUGCUCCAACUUACUUCUGUGGGCAGACGCUGACAUUCAGAGUUGAAACUGUGGGACAGCCAGACCGAAGAGACAGUAUAGGAGUGUGUGCAGAAAAGCAGAAUAGCUAUGAAUCUCUGCAGCGGUACCAAGCUGUGUGCAUCAGCACAAAUGGUGCAGUCUUUGUCAAUGGAAAAGAAAUGACCAAUCAGUUGCCUGCAGUUACCUCUGGCUCCACUGUCACGUUUGACAUCAAAGCUAUGACUCUAGGAACUUCUAACAGUCAUGAAGGUAGGAACGUCAAGCUCCGAGUGACCAUCAGCUCCAGUAACCAGGAGGUGGUGUUUGACUGGCUGCUUGAGCAGGCCUGUGGCUCUCUUUACUUCGGAUGCUCCUUUUUCUACCCCGGAUGGAAAGUGCUGGUAUUUUAACAUUCGAAGGGCUUGGCUUUGGAGUGAGGGUUUUCUGUUUCUGUCCUCAGCUUAGUUGUCUCUCACUUUGAAAAGGUGAGCUUACCUCUCUGUCCACCAGAAAUGGAAUGUGUUGCUGGGUUCACCUUGUAAGAUUUCAGUAAGAAGUAAGCUGAACGGGGUGGACAAAACCAUAGCUUUCUUUUCAGUUUUCUUUUUAGUACAAAUAUCAAACUAGCUUUAAAAGUGUGCAUACUUUUUUCCACUGUUCUUCCUAAAGUUGGCUGUUAGAACAGAAAAUGUCACAUUAGUAAAUCUUCAUCAAGAUUGAAGGCCAGAAGUAAACAACAGAAGAAGCCAGACUCCUCAGUGCUCGUCCAGUCCUGGGUGUUUGCUCCUCUCCACUCCUACCCCAUGAGUGUGCUGGCUUUG